UACUACCAAAUUGACUCCUCAAUGACAACACAUAAAUAUCCACCCCGAACUGUAUGCUGUAUUGCCUACAGCCAUCCAUCAGAGUGAUGUGCUACCAUAUAUAGUUGUGGUUAUAGAAGAUUAAUAGUUUCCAUGUGCUCCCCCAUGUCUGUGCAAAGUUACUGAUAAACCAGUUUUUUUGCAUGCUUCACACUAUAGUUUUUGAUUCCCACAUGAUCAGAGUUGAGGUUAUAAGAGAUUGAUUUUUCUUUUGUUGAAUUCUCUCUGGAAAACCAAGAAAAGGGUCUGUGCCUCUCUGUUGAUUCUGGUAGAAAUUUGCUUGAGCUUUGAAGAUGGCAGGAGGGCAUUUUGGGCCGGCUGGUGUGGCCAAGGAGAGAGCAGGGCAGUAUCAAGGGAAAGUCACCUUUUCUGUCAUCAUUGCAUGUGUUGUCGCUGCUGUUGGUGGCUCUCUCUUUGGCUAUGAUAUUGGGAUCUCAGGAGGAGUAACAUCAAUGGAUGGCUUUCUUAUGAAAUUCUUCCCUGGUGUUUAUGAAAAGAAGCAGCAUGUACACGAAAACAACUACUGCAAGUACAAUAACCAAGGAUUAUCAGCCUUUACAUCUUCCCUCUACCUUGCCGGUUUGGUUGCAUCUCUGGUUGCAAGUCCUGUUACAAGAAUUUAUGGACGUCGAGCAAGUAUAAUCUGUGGUGGUGUCAGCUUUCUCAUUGGAGCUACCUUAAAUGCCUCGGCCAUCAACCUGGCAAUGCUUCUCUUGGGCCGAAUCAUGCUUGGUGUCGGCAUUGGAUUCGGAAAUCAGGCUGUCCCAGUAUACUUAUCAGAGAUGGCACCAACUCAUCUUAGAGGAGCACUGAACAUGAUGUUUCAGCUAGCAACCACCACCGGAAUCUUUACGGCAAACAUGAUUAAUUAUGGAACACAGAAGCUUGAACCGUGGGGAUGGAGACUCUCCCUAGGUCUAGCAGCAGUUCCAGCUGUCUUGAUGACAGUGGGAGGGAUAGUUCUGUCCGAGACACCUAAUAGUUUAAUAGAACGAGGAAUGCAAGAUGAAGGGAGAAAAGUCCUCGAGAAAAUCAGAGGAACUAAAAAUGUUGAUGCGGAGUUUGAAGACAUGGUGGACGCAAGCGAGUUGGCUAACUCGAUCAAGCAUCCAUUCAGAAACAUCCUUACAAAAAGGAACAGGCCUCAACUGGUUAUGGCAAUCCUGCUGCCAGCAUUUCAGAUUCUGACAGGAAUAAAUUCUAUUCUCUUCUAUGCUCCAGUACUGUUUCAAAGUAUGGGAUUUGGAGGCAAUGCUUCCCUCUACGCCUCAGCUGUGACUGGAGGAGUUCUUUGUUCCUCUACCUUUAUUACCAUUGCAACAGUCGAUAGAGUAGGCCGGAGAUUUUUACUUAUCAGUGGUGGAAUACAAAUGAUAAUAUGCCAGGUAAUUGUUUCUGUAAUCUUGAGGUUGAAAUUCGGGGAGAACCAGCACCUGUCAAAAGGUUUCUCGGUGUUGGUUGUCGUUAUGAUUUGCUUGUUUGUUCUAGCCUUUGGAUGGUCAUGGGGCGGGCUUGGCUGGACCAUUCCAAGCGAGAUAUUUCCGCUGGAAACCCGAUCAGCUGGACAAGGCAUUACAGUAGCUGUAAAUCUUCUUUUCACUUUUGCUAUAGCUCAGUCUUUCCUAUCCCUCCUUUGCGCGUUCAAGUUUGGAAUCUUCCUCUUCUUUGCUUGCUGGGUUCUUCUCAUGACCAUUUUCGUCUACUUCUUCCUCCCUGAAACCAAGGGCGUUCCUAUUGAAGAGAUGAUAUUCAUGUGGAGAAAGCAUUGGUUCUGGAAGAGAAUAGUGCCUGGGAAUCCAAAUGAUGAGGACGGUUCGACAGAAUUAGGUGAAAGAGUUGAAAGGACAACAGAGUGAACUUGGCAUCAUCUAGUGAUCAAGACAUCGUACAAGAAAGGCCUAAAUAAACAUGCAAUUCACAAACAAAAAAGAGCCAUGAUUGUUAGCCACGUGACCUUAAGUAGAUGGAUGAGGAUGUUCAAGCACUGGACCCAACCCUGCGUUAUGUAAUGAUCUUAUUUUUACAUUAUCAAUUUAGUUAUCACUAGUUUAUUCGGCCGCA